GCUCUCUCAUAUAUCGUUUCUCAUCUUUCUUCUCCCUCCUCCCAUCCUCCUCUCUGCAUACUCACGCAUCUUCUUGUCCCAUGGAGUAUGGACUUCAAAAUUUCUCUCCAACUUUGCCACCUCUGGAUGGCGACUCACAUCCGACCUCCCAACUACGGGUUGAUGACAAAAACAAUGUGAAAAAGCCAGACCCGGAAAGGAGAAGGGUCGGUUUUUUGGGGGUCAUUUGUGAAAGUUGGGCCAAUCCGGUGUCUUCAUUCAAGGGAUGGAAGGUUUCAGUUGGAGCCAAGCUUUCAAGCUUCCAGAUCUACUCCCUUAUGCAUCAAGAUCGUGUCCCCUCCUAAGAUAACUUUGUAUAUCGAUAACUUUGGAGUGUUGGCCAUGCUCCAACUUAGUAACUUACUAUUCCUUCAUGGAUGCUAAUUUAAGUUUUGACCCGUUGCAAGAAACUACAUAUACUCAAAUUAAUAAAAUAUGUAAAUAAGCACAAAUUACAGUCAUGGUACUAAUUAUCCUUCGAGUAGUGGUCUGUUGUCCGAAGUGAGAUUUGAAAGGAAAAAGUUUAUCAUGAGAUUACUA